AUGACGCGUGCGGCAGACGUUGAAGCCGAUGAAGAGCCCUCCGAGUCCUCUUCAGAUGAUCAACAGACGGACGAUGCGCCUGUACAGGUGCCCCUCAAAAAUGGCGACGAUGAACACGAGAGCGAUGAGGAAUCAGAGGAUGAAGAGGAGAACCAAAUGGGGAACCAUCGGGGGGGGCCUCAAGAGUCCCAAGAGCUUCGAGGAUCAGAAGAUCUCCGGCGGCCAGAGGAUUCUUGGAAUCCAGAAGAUUUUUGGUGGCGAGAUGACUCUCGGAAGCAAAAGGACUUCCAGGAGCCAGCGGAGCCAGAGAAAGACGAAGACUACGUAGAAGGGAGCGAGGAGGAAGAUGAUGACGAAGAAGAGAAUCAACGACCACCUUCCGAAACACCCCAGGCUGUCAUUGAAAACAGCACAACCGUCGUCAUUUACGACAAAAAUCAGUCAAAGCAACCACAGCCGAGAACUCGGUCGAACAAACGACGUCAGGAAGCACUUCAGACUGAGACGGAGGAAAUUCAAACAAGUCAAAAGCGCUUUCCCGAUCCCAAGGAAGACUUUCCGGAUUACGAAGAUCUUCCUCGGGAUGACCCUGACUUAAUGGAAUGGCUAAGAAAGAAAGUCGAAGGAACUCGCAUGAGCGAUGAUUGGCUAGAGUUCUAUGUGGGCGCCUACAAAUUGCCUGAAUAUGUGUCUGGACCCAUGCCCAGUUCUUUCGAAAAUGCACUUGAGUUGCUGGCACGUCAGCUGGAGCUGCAUGUUGACCUGGAAGAUCGACCAGCUGCCCAGAACGUACCAGUUAAUUUCAAGUCUGACGCAAAUAAUCUGUGCGCGGAUGUCAUUGCCGAGGUCGAAGGGAUACUGAAUUUUCCUGAUAUACCGCAGUCUGAAGCUGAUCCCGAAAAGGCAGGAGAAUUGGUCGUCGACCUUGAGGGCUACUUGCUGCCGGAACUAGCGUCCCUGGUAGUCAUGGCGUUCAAGACCUACACUCGAUUUGGACCUGGGGAAUCGGCCAGCUCUCCUCUCCUCAACAGUCUAGACGUUCUUUUCAAAAUCGCCAAUCGUAUUGAUGUGCUAAGAGACUAUUAUAUGACAUCGCGCAAUCGACAACGAUCAUGGAAACUUGGCAUGUUCGCCAAGCGUAUCAAGGACGCUUUAAGGAAGGGCAAGCUCAGGAUGUUUGUCACGGGCGAUGCUUAG